UUUAAAUGGCUGUGCAAUGAAGCUCCUGCUGGGAUAUGGGCACUGGCUGAGGAAAUAGCCAUUCCCUCUUACUCUUCCUCAAAGAUUUGGAAUGUCUGACUGAACUGAGGGGCCCUGUGAAUAGGAAUGGUUCUUUUAUGGAUUUGGGCUCAGACCUAGGAACGCACCCAACUCAUCUCAACAUGUGCUGGCCUGUGUGCUGCAUGUUGACAGGAGCAGCUACCACGGUUGUGUGUGUUCGAGACAGACAGUCUGUGAGGUAUUGUGUGAGUGAGUGUCUUGUCGAGUUAUCUUGAAACACAUUUUCCACUUCUAGACAGAAAGGUAAGGCGUUUCUCUUCUUUCCUCUCUCGGGUCUAUUAUUCUAAGAACAGAGUAAGAAGGUAGUUUUGAGAGGAAAAGGGCGGCAAAAAACGCCUUGAACAAAAGGUAGUAAGGCAAAAUAUUCAAGUGGGUAGGUCAUGUGACUGAACUUAAUGGGAAGAACGAGAUGCGGGAAGGGUAGAGACUCAGAAGGCAAUCUUUUCUUUGUUCAACUUUCAUUUAUGCUUUUUCAGUUUUCCUAUUUAAAAUGCAGGUUAAACCUGAGAAAAAAGGUUUGCAUUUAAUAUCAGAGAUUGUUGUGCUCUUAUUCGUUCUGGUCUCACUUACCAGGAUGGGCUGCAGGAUGCAGAUAUUUACGGCACUUUUGGAACUUGGUUAGGUGGGACAGAGACAGAAAGUUUUGACCUGAACUGAUCCAGUGGAAUGUCAUGUCCAGGAGCGUUCACAUAAGUGGCCUUGGGCUGUCUGAAUGGAGAAGUAACUCUUAAUAGCAGGUAGUGUUAAGCUGUCUCUAUAAACCGACUUCUACAGGACUGAAUUAGCCGAGUAGUGUGCAGUAAUCUUGUCUCUAUUAAGUUACAUUCGAGUAGAAUUUUUGAGUCAGUAAUUAGUGGGCAGAAAAUGAGCACUUUGAAUACCAGAUUAGAUUGUAAAUGAGGACAUGAUGGACGUCUUCAGUAAUUCAACAUCAGUGACUGCUUUAAGAACGAACACUGGUCAAGCUUACAAUGCCUUGGAUGUCUUGCAAGAGAAGAAUAAUGCCUUGAUGUGAACAGAAUGAGAGACAUCCAUCACUAAAUAUCACCUUUAACUGACAGGAACAUUUAGGUCUUUAAAAUGUUCCAGAGGAAAAAGAAGAAGAGGAAGAUAGAGAUCUCUGCACCCAAGAACUUUGAGCACCGGGUACACACUUCUUAUGAUGCUGCUCGGGACUGUUUUGUAGGACUACCAGCACAAUGGCAAAGUAUAAUAGAAACGCUGAAGAGGCCCAAGCCGCUGGUGGAUCCCGCCAACAUCACAUCUGUGCGAACUAAGAAGGAGAAGGAGAUUGUGCGGGGCAGUUUUAUAGGACAUGGAGACUACAUAGCAUCAGCAAUUGCUGAAAUGACUAAGCUUUCUGUUACCAGCUCUAACUCACUCAGAAGGACUAGUGUGACUCUUCGAAAACGAGCCCAGUCCCUGGGACGCCUGGGUGAGCUUGUUGAGGGGGAAACAUAUCAGUAUCAGGAACUGAAUGAGAAGAAACAGAAAAAUGGCCAGUCUUUGUUAGGUUGGCCUGAUUGGACACGGCAAGUAUAUAGUGAGAGCGGAAGCCCACGACCAGGAGCCAAAAAGAGUGCCACUCUCCAACCUAAUGGUCUGCCUCCAAGAGCCAAGUCUAUUAUUGAAGUCAGUACGACAUCUACAGCAACACCGCGGCUCAUGCCAAGGGACAUUUUAGGUUUACCAGGAGCAGGUCAAGAAGGCAACUAUGCCCACAGUGAGAAACUAGGACUGUAUAACCCAAGCAUGGCUCUGAGAAGCAGUAAGGCCAAUCAAAGGCCUGUGUCCUGCCUCUACAAUACUCCCACAUUAAAUCAAGGGUCAAAGGUCAAACCAAGGGUGACUCCCAGCUCAGAGCUUCCCUUGGUUUCAUUGGAGACCCCAAGGAGGCCAUACUCCACUUAUGACUUGAAGACAAACUCAGGGGGGUUCCCAGCCAUCUCAAAACCAAAUGGUACCAGCAGUCCAAAACUAGAGUUCAGCACCCACUCUCACCCACAGUCCCCCAGCAAUACUACAAUCAGAUCUCCUAGUAAUGCCUCGGUGCCCCCUAUACAGGACAGUCCAACUCAGCCUCGGCCCUCACCUACCGGUUCCCCUGCCACUUACAUUCCUGGGGCUUACUCUCCCUGUCUAAGGACUGCUGAGCCAGCCAACAUCAUUUGUGAACAGCCUGGAGUCACUCAUGCACAGUUCAAGGCGGCUCUGCAAAUGGUGGUGGACAAAGGAGACCCCCGCACCUACCUGGAGAACUUUGUGAAGAUUGGUGAAGGGUCAACAGGAGUUGUCUGUAUUGCUCGAGAGAAACAUAGUGGGAAGCAGGUAGCCGUAAAGAUGAUGGAUCUGAGGAAACAGCAAAGGAGAGAGCUGCUCUUUAAUGAAGUGGUUAUCAUGAGAGACUACAGGCACAAGAAUGUGGUUGAGAUGUACAAGAGUGCUCUAGUGGAGGAGGAGCUUUGGGUCAUAAUGGAGUAUUUGCAGGGUGGAGCUUUAACCAACAUAGUAUCUGAAACUAGGUUGACAGAGGAGCAGAUAGCUACAGUGUGUGACGCUGUGCUACAGGCUCUAGCCUAUCUCCAUGCACAAGGUGUCAUCCACCGAGACAUCAAGAGUGACUCUAUAUUACUAACCCUGGAUGGGAGAAUAAAGCUGUCAGACUUUGGAUUCUGUGCUCAGAUCAGCAAAGACAUUCCAAAGAGAAAGUCAUUAGUUGGAACACCAUACUGGAUGGCUCCGGAGGUUAUCUCCAAAACCCCAUAUGGAACAGAGGUGGAUGUGUGGUCUCUGGGCAUUAUGGUGGUGGAAAUGGUUGAUGGAGAGCCUCCAUAUUUCAAUGAGACACCAAUAACUGCUAUGAAGAGACUGAGAGAUGAGGCAGCACCUGUUGCCAGAAAUACACACAAGAUCUCACCAGUGCUGAGGGACUUUUUGGAAUCCAUGUUGACAAAGGACCCUCUGGAGAGAUCGAGUGCUACUGAUCUACUCAAGCACCCUUUCCUGCUGCAAAGUGGUUCUCCUCGCUGUCUGGUGCCUCUUGUGGAACAGUACCGGAAACGCAUGUCUCGCUGCUGAACGCCACUACAGCAUUGUACACAUAAGCAAAAUACAGAAACUCUUAAAAUGCAAUUCGUGAAUGUGAACCGCUUAUCUGUGACCUGACCUCCAUGGUCAGUAUUUUCAAAAGGAACAUGCAUUUAAAAUUUUCACUUUUUUUUUUUUAUUUUUAUUUCAUCUACCAUGGAUAAAUGGUCACUAGAGCUAUUGACUCUCAUGAAGUAAAAAACAAGUUCACGUCACAAUAUAAAAAACAUCACUAGACCAAGUACAUCUCAGUAUUAUUCAGUACCUAACAGAAAUUUAUUAAAAGACUUCACAAAGUCUUAUCCACAACGACAUUUUUUUUCACUUUUAUAUUAAUAUUUAGUAUUUCCCUAAACGCCAGUGUAUCAUUUAAAAUAACCUAGUGUAUCCUUGAUAAAUUAAAUGAUAAUUGAAUGUAUUUAUUUAAUAUUGGCACAAAUCAUCUUGGAACAAUGAGUGCAUAAUUUCCAUUAUAAACUGUCUUUCCAAAGUGAUGGUCUUAUUGGGAAUGUAAGUUAGCCUGCUCACCCAAAUCUAUUUUAUAUUAUAGCACUUAUUCCUGCCAUCAGAGCUUAUUAUUAAAUUAGCCGCAUUUCCAAGUGAAAUGUAUUCUACGUGCUUUUAUCAGAUUUAAAGAACUAAUUCAGUGUUAGUUCCAUGUAAUUCCAUUCUGAAUCAGUAUUUGGUUCUUGUAACAGCAUUACUCUAGAGUCUUGAUUCUUCAAAUGCUAUUAAAACAUAAAAAUAAUGGUUCUGUGCAUGCAUAAGUCAAUAAUGAGCAGCAACCAGUGGCUGGAUAUUUAGUUGAGAGUUUUGUUAGAAGGCAUAUUUUGGGAGUUAGUAUGUGUGCUAUUCAUUAAACAAUUCAACUCUAUAAAGCUUCUACAAAAGAACAAAGGGAAGGGCAAUACAAUAGAGCAUGGCAUAUUCUAUACAUUCCUACAUUGAUGUUGACAUUUCAUUCAUCUGAAUUUAAAAUUUCAUUGUUUGAACAAAAUCAACACUGCCAAAAUAAGUUUUAAUAAAAGUUACAAGUUUGUAUCUCAUUUACCAUCUUGCUGUCAUAAAGGCUUAUGUGAAACUGUGAAAAAAAGCUGUUCUAUAUUAUUAAAUGCAUGCUUGUUCACACAUUAAACAAC